AUGUCUUUUCUAACCCGACUAGCCAGUCUAUUGGGCCUAUCAUCCCCGGCCCCCGUUGCACCCCCAGGGGCCACCCUCGCAGCAACCGUUACAACACCUGCCUCAUUGGGUUUUGUUCCGGUCGCAAUUCACUUUGAUCUCUUUAAUAUCCUCGCGAGUCAUGGCGGACCCGCGACGGCUGAUGAAGUCUCGGUGACCUGCAAUGCACGUAUUAAAGCCCGAGCAAAGGAUGAGCCUAGACUGAGUACCAGAUUAGCCUCGGACACCCUAUACAUCAUGGCUGGACUCGGUCUAGUCGACCGCGUGGCCGAGGACUGCUUCAUAGCAAAUGCCAUCACGAACCACAUGGUCGCCAUGCCAUCCGCCCAGCAUGGCGCACUACACUUCACCACGGAAGGCUUAAUGGCCGGUGCAUUCUUGAUGAAAAAGCUCCAGGACACUCGCUUUGCCUACCCCUUCGCCGAUGCAGACGGCCCCUUGCAAUAUGCCUAUCGGCUAAUGGGGCAGUCCGAGUUGGCAGAGAAGCACACAUACUCGAUCAUGGAGACCCAGGGUCGCAUGGAUAGUUUCAAUCAUUUCAUGGUCGGCAAAUUCCUGAAAUUCGGGACCUUUCCCGAACGGGUCAAGUCUAUGGGCUAUGAUUUAGAUGGUGCAUUAGCGGGUGGCGCUACCACCGGCUCCCCUACGGUGGUCGAUAUUGGGGGCGGUCGUGGCGAGCUCCUCCUUGAGGUCCAGGCCGCGUACCCACAUCUUGGCGCGGAGGAUUUGAUCGUACAAGAGUUCAACGCCGAUAUCGAUGAUGUUCCCGGUGUGGGUCUUAUGAAUUGGAAUUACAAGGAGGCUGAACAGCCCGUUCAUGGUGCCUGUGUUUACGCCCUGCAGCAUAUCUUGCAUAAUUUGCCUGAUUUGGAUGCCGUGGCAUUGUUGCAGAAGAUUUCGCGUGCCAUGGCGCCUGGUUCGCGAAUUUUGAUCAUUGAGUAUGCGAAAAAUUUGACCUAUACUUCGCUCCAUGCAAGUAUGAUUGCGUUGUAUGGGGGCCGAGAGAGGAGUUCGGUGGAGUGGAAGCAGAUGGCGGGUCUAUCGGGGCUGCAAGUGACAUUUGAGAUUUAUGUUAGGGCUGGGGAAUCAUUGGUUGAGAUGAGAAAGGCAGAUUGUUAG